CAGAGGUUUAGAAAAUAUCAGUCAGCUCGCUAAUUAAAAAAGAAAUAGACGGCGCCCUCAAACGAUGUAUAAUAAAUAAGUACGGUUUUUUAUAUUAAGGCAUUCAUAUUUUCUUCAUUGUUUUGGAGAUAAGGUGUAAAAGUGGGAGACAAAAAGAUGUCGUCUUUGCAAAAAUGUCCAGAUCUGCAUCAAUUGAUCUUUGACAACCCUCUAAGAGCCUCCUUUUAAGCUACAAAAGGUGUUUACGGAGUGAUUUUCGGGGCAUUAAAAAGCUGCGACGGAAGAGUUGAUAUUGUAAUGAGUUCUCACUGGUAUUAAUAUGGUUUAAUGCCAAGAGUGAUGUGAACGGCUCGUUGAUCUGACUGAUGAAAAAAACGAAUCUAUUCUGUGGCCUACACGAACGACUGUGCAUAAAACAUGAGGAAAAUACACGGAUUGAUGCCUUACAACUGAAAGCAGCGUCAUUGGAAAAUUUAUUCAAGGAAGUUACUGCAGAUUUGAAGUGAUGGUUUGUAACGAGGAAACGGCAUGAGCUUUACGGAAAGAACAGCAUGGGCCGUUUUUAUCAUAAGCACAUUGUACUUUGCAUUUUCGGAUGGAAACUGCAACAAUGAAGAAAAGGGAUCAUUUGGCAUUAUUGGAGUCUUCGAUUUCGCCGAUGUUUCCUCUAAAGAAGCUUUUGAGAACGCCGCAUCUAGACAUAAUUCUAAGGAGUGCGUUCCUAAGUUUAUCAAUAGAACGCUUCUCAUUAAAAACGACUCGAGCGUUUCGGAGUUAAUAGACCUCGCACAGAAUACACCAAAAACUGGUCCUUGUUUUAUGGUGUAUGCAACCGAGGAUAGCAAGGCGAGAAUAGUCCUUGAAUUUGCAAUUACCCAAGGGAUAAAUGUUGUUACAGCUAUAUCACCGUUUUAUCCGAAUUACCAAAACUCGGGGAUGCAGCUGAGGUAUGAUCCACACCAUGUUUCCAGCAUAAAUAGAGUUUCAAGCGUGGAGACAAAGAGAGACGCUCUUUUAGCGCUCAUUGGAAAGUUAAACUGGAGCAAAUUUUUCGUCAUGACAGAUGAUGAGCCUGGCUCGAAUUACUUCGUAAAUUUAUUGAAGGAAUCCCUCGGUCCAAGGAACUUGAAUUUGACAGACUGGCUGGUAGUUUUUGAACACGAAGACCUUUAUCAUCAUUUUGAAGAAUUAGGAAAUGAUGUCAAUAAUAUCAUUUUGAUAACGAACAAUCUUUUACUCGUCAAAGAGGUACUCGACGUAAAAGAAGAUUUUUUUACUUCGACUUGGAUUUUCCUCUCUGAUUUAGACGUUGAAACUUUUGAUCCCCAAUGGUAUUGGGAGCACGUUUAUAUUAUAACUCCAACAUAUUCUCUAAAGGUUAAACGUAGUGAUUUUGUGGACGACGCAUUGAGCUCAAUAAGCCGCGUCGUAACAGGAAAUGGACGCAAAGGGAAAGCUUUCAUCUGCCCAAAAGUUUCUGAAUUUAAAAGACUUCUAUCUGAAGUAAGCUUUCAUGGAUCUUCGGAUCCUGUUCAGUUUGAUCAAGAGGGAAAACGAGUGCCCCUUCGUUACGAUGUUAAUAAAUUGGAGUACAACGAAGAAGAGGAAAUCCAUAAACUUGAACAUCUUGGUUAUUGGUCAAAUGGCAAGCUUUUCAUGGAGAAGAAGGGAGAAAGCCUUAAAAUCCUUUUAAACGAGUACCCACCCAACGUAAUAUCCCAGCCGAAAAAACGUGGUGAGCCAUGUCAGGGGAACUCUAAGUCGUGCAUAAAAAUUGUCGAAGGCCAGGAGAUUGAGCGUUGCUGCUAUGGCUUUGUGAUCGAUGUAGUAAAUGUGAUGUGCAAAGAGAUGGGAAAAAUCCCAGAGUUAUUGUUUACUUUAGACGGACAAUAUGGAGUUUACGAUGAGGUAAAUAACAGUUGGAAUGGCGUGGUUUCGGAACUGCUUAUUGGAAGGGGUGAUAUAAGCUUUGAUCUCUACAUAAGCUCUCGCAGGGCAGAUGUCGUUGAUUUUACUGAACCGUACAUGCCUUCAGGGAUUCGCCUUUUGGCAAAAGAUAAGAAACGCGAAGACAAUCAGAUUUAUUGGGUGUCUUAUCUCAGACCUUUUACUCCUCCAGUUUGGCUUACUCUGCUUGGAAGCUUAGGUAUAAUGAUUAUCUUCCUAUGGGUAAUGGACAAGAUCAGUCCGGUCAGAGGAUCAAAGAAGCUGUUCCAUCCAAACUCUUCAUUUGGUCUCGACAACGCAGUUUGUUUCGCUCUCGCCCUCGCGUUUGGUCGCCCAGCGGACGAGUCAAAACCAAAAACUAACGGAGCUCGGCUUUCGUCAGUUGCAUUCGGAAUGGCAAUGCUGGUUUUUGUGUCAACAUAUUCGGCUAAUUUGGCUGCUUUUCUCAUUGUUGAUGAUAAAAGUCCCCCUGUAGAAGACAUAUACGACAUCAAGAUUGAGAGACCACCGGAUGGCUUUAAGUACGGCACUAUUGAUGGAUCUUACAUGGCCGACUACUUCAAGAACAGUAAAAAUACAUACUUUCGCCACGUUUGGUAUCACAUGAAACAAAACAAUGUGAAAAGUCUUCGAGAAGGUGUUGAAGCUGUCAAAUCAGGGAGUCUGGACGUUUUCGUCGCAGAUCACGUGGGUCUUGAAUACGAAUCAAGGAAUGAUCCUAACUGUGAACUGAGAGUUGUUGGUGAACCUUUUGCAAUGUCUGGAGCAUCAAUUGCUGUUAAAAAAAGUAAUCCAUUGUUUAUCCAAGUAUCAGAGGCUCUUCAAAGUAUAAAAGCUAGAGGAUUGACGGACUAUAUCCAGGAAUUCUGGGUGUCAAAAUAUAAAUGCCCGAGAGAAACUCCUCCUGCUCAACUUAAAGUAGAAGACCUCAGUGGACUCUUUCUGCAACUAACCAUUGCAAUGAUCGGGUGCCUACUGGGUACUUUUUGUCACAGGAUUUUUUUACAAAUGAGGGAAAAGUGGACUAGCAACAGUAAUGAGGAUACAGAUGAACAGGACGUGAAGCAGGGUUUUUCACAGACAGAAACGCUUGUGUGAGACGAGAUUGUUUACUGAGAAUGUGGCAAAGGAGUCUUAAAGAGCUUCAGGAUAGAGAGAAGAGCCCUUUUGUGAGUUUGGCGUAUCAUGCAGUCUGAGGUUUACGCUACCAGUCGAUAGGAAGGUGAAGAAUCAUAUGAAAGCGAUCGUUUAGGCACUGUAGUGGGGUGGCUGUGUCAGUAUCACAGAGGCGUAAAAAUGUAACGUAAUAGUUUGAAAGAGUAUCAUUAUGGGUCCGCUUUUAACCCUUGAAAUGAGCCAAGGUUGUUUGAUGGGCCAAACUGGUCGAUCUUGUUACGCAUUCCACAAUCCAGGAGCGAACCACUCAUCCAUAAUGGAGACAUAAGCCUUUGGCCUGCUUCUUUGCCCAUCAUGUUACCUGGAUUAUUCAGCUAUAGAAUUUUAAAGAGCUAUGAAGCUUUUUCCUGUACUAUUUGCAUAUCAUUUGUUAGUUGCAAGAACGAAACCAAUUCCGUAGAGGGUUAUAGGAAAUCAUUGUAACUACAAAUCAAUACCCAUGGCAUAAAGAAAUCUUGAUGUAAAGCAUCGUUAUUUUACUUUAUAGUUUCUAUAAGUGCGUCGAAUGUGAUACUCGAGACGUGAUGUAUUAUUCUGCAAGUAGUUCAAGUGAUGUAAAGAGCGUAUAUAAUAUUUCAAGCGGUCCACAUGUAACUGGAUACUUCUCCCCAAUAGUCCCUUACCUUGGAUUUGUUGUUUGAUUGAACCUGAUUCACACUUACGCUAGAAUGACUUA